UUAUCACUUUUAUAUUUGGAAGUAUGGAUGAGGGUUUCUAUUGACGGCUCGAUUUGGCGUUGUAUUGCCGCUUUACCCUACUCUAGAGCUGCUGCUGCACUUCAAUUUCCAUCAUUCCCUUCUUCCACCGCGCCGGCUAGGAGACGGCUGUCACGUAGCUUUUCUGUUUCAACGCCGAUGGGUUCUCAGCCGGAAGCAUUGGAUUGGCCGGCCAAACAGAUACGGGAGACUUUCAUCAGCUUCUUCGAAGGGAAAGAUCACAAAGAAGUUCAAUCCAGUCCUGUAGUUCCUCAUAAUGACCCUACUCUCCUAUUCGUCAAUGCUGGUAUGAAUCAGUUUAAGCCUAUUUUCUUGGGUAUUGUAGACCCUAAUAGUCCAUUGAGCAAACUUAAGCGUGCCUGCGAUACACAGAAGUGUAUUCGUGCUGGUGGCAAACACAAUGAUCUUGAUGAUGUUGGUAAGGACACUUACCACCACACGUUCUUUGAGAUGCUUGGUAAUUGGUCAUUUGGGGAUUAUUUCAAGAAAGAGGCAAUUGGAUGGGCAUGGGAACUCCUUACCCAGGUAUAUAGACUGCCAAGUGAACGGAUUUACGCCACUUAUUUCGGGGGUGAUGAAAAAUCUGGCCUUCCAGCGGAUAAUGAAGCUAGAGACCUAUGGCUUAAGUUCCUUCCCCCUAGCAGGGUGCUUCCUUUCGACUGCAAAGACAACUUUUGGGAGAUGGGUGAUACCGGACCUUGUGGACCCUCCACCGAAAUACACUUUGAUAGAAUUGGGAAUCGUGAUGCUGCAUCAUUUGUUAAUAAUGAUGAUCCCACUGUGAUUGAGAUAUGGAACCUUGUCUUUAUUCAGUUUAAUAGGGAAGCUGAUGGUUCUUUGAAACCCCUUCCUGCUAAGCAUGUUGAUACUGGACUGGGUUUUGAAAGACUAACCUCUAUCCUCCAGAACAAGAUGAGCAAUUAUGAUACUGACCUGUUCUUACCCAUAUUUGAUGCUAUACAAAAGGCAACUGGAGCUCGUCCAUACUCUGGCAAAGUUGGAGCUGAUGAUGUGGACAAAAUUGAUAUAGCCUAUAGAGUUGUUGCUGACCACAUUCGAACUCUGUCUUUUGCCAUUGCUGAUGGUUCUUGCCCAGGGAAUGAAGGCCGUGAAUAUGUCCUCAGACGCAUUCUUCGUCGAGCAGUGCGCUAUGGUACAGAGGUUCUGAAAGCACAACAAGGGUUUUUCAGUAGCCUUGUGAAGGUGGUGGUAGAAGUUAUGGGCGAUGUCUUCCCAGAGCUGAAGCAACGUGAGAUACGUAUAAGAGAUAUCAUUGCUGAUGAAGAAACUAGCUUUGGAAGGACAUUGCUUCAUGGAAUUGAGAAAUUUAAGAAGGCUUCUCAAGAGGUUCAAGGGAAGCAAUUUAGUGGUCAGGAGGCAUUUGUCUUGUGGGACACUUACGGAUUUCCAUUAGAUUUGACCCAGUUAAUGGCAGAGGAACGAGGUUUGGUGGUUGAUGUUGAUGGUUUUAAUGUUGCUAUGGAUGCUGCCAGGGAAAGAUCAAGAAAUGCUCAGAGCAAGAAUGCUGGUGAUGCUAUUGCCAUGGAUGCUGAUGCUACUGCUGCAUUGCACAAGAAAGGCGUCGCUGCAACAAAUGAUAUUUUCAAGUUCACUUGGUUUCAGGAUCACGAGAGUGAGAUAAAAGCUAUCUACACUGGAAGUGAGUUCUUGGAAACUGCAGCAGCUGGGGAUGAAGUUGGUAUUAUUCUUGAGAGCACUAGUUUCUAUGCUGAACAAGGUGGUCAGAUAUACGACACUGGUUCACUGGAAAGCCCCAGUGGCUCUUUUCAAGUUUGUAAUGUUCAAAUUUAUGGAGGAUUCAUUCUUCAUAUUGGAUCUUUCAGUGGACAGGCACACAAGUUCUCUGUUGGUGAUAAAGUAAUUUGUAAGGUUGACUAUAACAGGCGUACAUUGAUUGCUCCCAAUCAUACAUGCACUCAUAUGUUGAAUUUUGCCUUAAAGGAAGUACUAGGCGACCAUGUUGACCAGAAAGGUUCCAUUGUUCUUCCUGAAAAAUUGAGAUUUGACUUCUCUCACGGGAAGCCGGUAAAGCCAGAGGAGCUAAGAAAAAUUGAAUCCAUUGUCAAUGAGCAAAUUAAGUCUGAAUUGGAUGUAUACUCAAAGGAGGCAAAGCUGUCUGAUGCUAAGAGUAUAAAAGGUCUUCGAGCUGUCUUUGGCGAAGUGUAUCCCGACCCUGUGCGGAUUGUGUCAAUUGGUCAGAAGGUGGAGGACCUUCUUGCUAAUCCAGAAAAUGAAGAAUGGUCAUCGUACUCUGCUGAGCUCUGUGGUGGAACACACAUUUCUAAUACAAGAGAGGCUAAGGCAUUUGCUCUGAUGUCUGAGGAGGGAAUUGCCAAGGGAAUCCGAAGGGUCACUGCUGUCACAACAUAUCGUGCUUUUGAGGCCACAGAUUUGGCAUCCUCACUCGAACAGAAAGUAAAUGAAGCAUUCCAGACAGAUGAUAGCUUUCUAGAAGAGAAAGUAACUUCUUUGAAUGCUACCGUGGAGAGGGCACAAAUUCCCACUGUUAUGAAAACUGAUCUCAAGGCCAAACUCUCUGUUCUCCAGAAUCAAGUUAUAAAGGCCAAAAAGAAGAUAGCUGCAGAGAAUAUACAAAAAGCCGUUAAAGCUGCCUCAGAAAUGGCUGAAGCUGCAGCUUCUGGUGGAAAAGCAUACUGCAUCUUGCAGAUUGGCGUGGGUUUGGACACUGCUGCAGUCCGUGAAGCAGUUGUCAAAGUCAUGGAGCAGAAGGGUAUGGCAGUUCUGGUAUUUAGCAAAGAUGAAGCUGCAAACAAAGUGUUGGUCUGUGCUGGUGUCCCUGAGAAAGGUGACAAGUGCCAGCAGUUGAAUGUUAAAGAAUGGUUGAAUGCAGCUUUGAAGCCCUUGGGAGGUAAGGGUGGAGGAGGAAAAGGUGGUCUCGCCCAAGGCCAGGCAACUGAUAUAUCAAAAGUUGACGAGGCAAUGGAUAUUGCAGCAUCAUUUGCUGCUAUGAAAUUAAAUUGAUGAGUAAGGCCAGUAUGUUAUUGCAUAGUUCAAUGGCCGAAGCUGAUGCAACUAUUCUGAGCAAUAUUGAUUGAUCAAGAUUUCAAUGGAUCGUGGAGGCUUUCUUAGAGCUAACUUCCAUUAUAUACAACUGGGGGUCAUUUAUGUUGCUUUCUGUGAGCUAACUUUUUACAUGCAGAAAGUAAAGGAAAAUUGGAGAAGAUUUAUAUUUGAUGUUACCUGCAUACUGCAUACUUGUUAUACACGAGAACGAUGAAAGUAGAAAUAUUUUUCAGUGUUGUGAUGUUGUGUCUGUUAGCUUGUGUUUUCUGAUUACUACUAAUAUUUCGUUAAAUUAGUAUGGAUUGGAUCAAUCACGCUUCGUGGUUGUAAAAGGGAAAAGGACGUGCUACGAACUGAACGGCUAAUGUCUGAAUAAAGCUUGAAGUUUUUGAAUUUGAA